UCGCCUUUCCUCAACAUCGAUCCUUCACUUUUAGUAAAUGAUCCAUCCGACCAAUUUAUCUUUCCAGAAGGAAACCGACAUCGAGGUCGUUUCGAGAGGUCAUUUUCCGAGAUAGGCUCAAUGGUGAUUGGUGGCUGUGCUUUUGGAGGAACUAGGGCUUUGUAUUCCGCUUGGAACGACCCAGAACUUGCUAAGUUACCUACAAAAGCAUUGCAGCGAACUCAGAUUUUGAAUCACGUCACCAAGUCCAGUGCUUCGUGGGCACAAACGGCUGGGAGCAUCGGUCUUAUUUAUGCCAUCGCUGACUUUGCCAUCCACAAGCUGCGUGGCGGCGCCGAUGAUGAGAUUAAUAUGGUCUCAUCUGCGAUGGCUACCGGUCUAAUAUAUCGCUCUCCUGGCUUCUUCGCUCCUGGCGGUUGGCAAAGAUGCCUUCGCGGUGGGGUCUUUGGUUUGGCCAUCGGAUUUGCAGGAGCCGCCUUUACCAGCUGGGACCGCAUCAAAGAACUUCUCGGUGCCUAG